AUAACCUUAUCCUUUUUCAGAAUUCUCAGUGAAAAUCAUUUGACCGAAUUACAUAAAGAUUCAUUUGAAGGCCUGCUAUCCCUCCAGUAUUUAGAUUUAUCCUGCAAUAAAAUCCAAUUUAUUGAAAGACGUACCUUUGAAUCACUACCAUUUCUGCAGUAUGUAAAUCUUGGUUGCAAUUUAAUCACUGAACUGAGCUUCAGAACGUUUCAGGCGUGGCAUGGAAUGCAAUUUUUACACAAGGUAAUUCUCAAUCGUAAUCCUCUGACAACUGUUGAAGAUUCAUAUCUUUAUAAAUUGCCAGCAUUAAAAUAUCUAGACAUGGGAACAACACAAGCCCCACUUACAACAGUCGAGAACAUCCUCAUGACAACUCUUGAGUUGGAAAAACUGAUCUUACCUAGCCAUAUGGCCUGCUGCCUCUGCCAAUUUAAAAAUAAUAUUGAUGUUGUCUGCAAGACAGUGAAGCUACAUUGUGAUGCAUGUAUAGGAAACAGCACAGAAGAUUGUUUUGAAGAAGCAAGUGUAGGAAAUGCGGAGGUAGCGCUCAUGAAGGUAUUACAGGCUCGGAAGAAGCACACGAGCACCGAGCUGACCAUUGAGCCAGAGGUAUCCGCAAAUAAAAAUGGCGUCAGCUUGUCAGGCUUCACGAGUGACCAGAUGGACUUCAAUGAUGAAAGCGAUGUCAUUAGUGCACUUAAUUACAUAUUGCCUUAUUUCUCAGAGGGAAAUCUAGAAGAUGUAGAAUCAACAUUAUUACCAUUCAUUAAACUGCUUUUCUCAAAUGAAAAUAGCCUGACAGAGAGUGAGAGUGGAGACAGGGGGCUGAAGAAAGUGACGCUAUUCCUCAAAGGGCCCAAGCGCCUACGGAGAAAACUCUUACAGGAGGCAAGAAUCAAGAGGAAACAGGGUACCUGGCCGACAGCGAAGAAAGUGGCCGAAGAAAGAACGCUUGGGAAACCAAUCCCGAGUGAAAUGACACAGUUUGACGUGGUGCAGAGGCCUCGGAAGUUUGUGGGAAGCUCCUUCCACACCGAGCCUUCCUUCACGCAGACGCACAAGGCUGCGGUCUCUUCUUUCUUCAAACAGUAUAUUGGCAUGCCUUCUACUUCUGCCACCUCAAAAUCCCUACCUGAGGUUAAAAAACAAUCAAAAGACAUGAGCGACACCAUUUUUGUUUUAGAAGAUGCAAAUGCUAGAGUUAAAAGUAUGGAAGCUGGUAAACCAAUUGUACAUUCUAGAAGAAAAUACCGCUUUCAUAAACCUCAUUCCCAUGUGGCCCACAGAACACCUGCGGCCAAACUAAGUCAAAAGUUUAGAAAAGAAACAGUGUUCCAUGGACAGAUGCCUGUAAAGCGGCCUCCAUUCUCUGCAGUAAGGAGCCUUAUAAAUUCCCCGUCACAUGGGGUUUUUCCACCUUCAGAAGAGCUGAGUCCUCAGGAGAAUCCUUUUCCAGAAUCACUUGCUCCUUCAGAAUCUGUUACAGAAAUCACUACUGUAUCCCCUCUAGGAAAUGGUAUUGAAGAAAACAGUUUUAUGGAAAACGCUGCUAUACCUGAAGAAACUAUCUCUGAAAGUACAAAUGAUAAGAAUCCUUCCACUAUAGAUUCCACUGGGACUGCGUUCUUAAUACCGACUGUUAAACAAAUCAAUGAAACUCUGUGGGAAUACCACAACACGGGCACUGACUUACCCAACAUGGAAAAAAGCUUCACUUACCCAUUGCUCGCGUCCCCGGGUGAUCAAUUUGAAAUGCAGCUAAACCAGAAGCUCCGAUCCCUCAUCCCCAACAACGACGUGAGAAGGCUCAUUUCUCACGUUAUCCGGACUUUGAAAAUGGACUGCUCUGAGACCCAUGUGCAACUGGCCUGUGCCAAGCUCAUCUCUAGAACAGGUCUCCUGAUGAAGCUUCUGAGUGAGCAGCAAGAAGUAAAAGUAUCCAAGGCAGAAUGGGAUACGGAUCAGUGGAAGAGUGAGAACUACAUCAAGGAGAGCACAGAAGCCCAGGCUGAACAGAAAGAGCAGGAGUCAAGUGAGCUCACUAAAGGAGUUCCAGGAUAUGGCUAUAACAACAAACUCAUCUUGGCGAUAUCUGUGACUGUAAUAGUGAUGAUUUUGAUUAUAAUUUUCUGUCUUAUUGAGAUUUAUUCUCAUAGAAGAGCAGCAAGGACAGAUGUAGAAUCAGGCUCAGUCCCAAGGAGGGGCUUUUUUGACUUUCUGCAUAGGAGAUGCUCAUCGCAGAGUGAAAGCCAGGAGGGCUUUUUCUGGUUAAGGUGUCCACUUUGGCUUAGGGAUAUGUACAGACCUCUCAAUGCCACACGCAAGAAAAACAUGGCCCAGAAGCUUCACGACAAGGAGUCUUCUGAUGAGGAAGAGAUUUACAAGAGGGAUGCAGGGGAGCGCAUAUCAACAGCAACACCUGUGGAUUCGGCUGCUGAAGGUGGUGAGGAAAGUGAGACCGCGCCAGAAGGGGAGGACGAAGAGUGAUCCAGCCUGCCUAAGGC